AUGUGUCGUGUGUUGAGCUGGUGAGACAGGAGGCGACCAGUCUGGACCUGUCAGCUGUUAUUCCACUUAGCAAACAACAGGGGUCUCUGGCUACAGUACAGGUCCUGCUGAACAAGAUGGGGAACCUGCUCCAAGGUUACAUCCCCAGGAUGUUCCGCCUGCUGGUUGUCAUGGUUACCAGCCACACCCGCAUCCUGGACAGCCGCCAUCUUGUCAGGAAGAACCUUCUGCAGCUGGUCAAGAAGGUCAGGACACUGGCCAUGAGGAGACUGUUAGAGUUGUUCCAGCAGCAUGACCAGUACAGCUUCAGCCGGGAUGAGAUCGAGGCUCUGUUUACGGGCGUGGUCUGGCCACAGCUGGACCAGCAGAGGUCAGAGGUCAUCUACCAGCCAACGCCCCUUCUGCGCCUGGUGCACCUGUGGAGUAAGAACCUCAGGUACCAUCCCCUGCUGGCCAAAUCCCGCCCAGACCAGCCAGACAGGAACCUCAUCGAUGACAUCAUCGCCACAUUCUUCACCCCGACCUCUGCCCCGCCCGUGGUUGCCAUGGUGAUGGAGGUCGUAGGUCACCUGCUGCUGGAGUCGGAGUCGGAGGAUGCGGUGGAUGUAGAGCCGCUGGAAGUGCCAGGAUGUACCAUACUGUGCGGGGAAACGUCAGGCCAAGAUUCUGAAGCACCAAUCGGAACCCGGCUUCUCCUGACCCACGUGGCGGCCAUCUUGGGUCACCUGAGGUCAGCGGUCCAGUCCAUUGGUGCAGCAGGGGGGAGGCAGAACCGGCCCAAGCUGCCCCUGUCGGAGCUGAACAUCCUGUCCAGGAUCAGUGCUUAUGUUAAGGACCCCCGGCAGAGCGCUGUGCUGGUGGGGCUGCUGCUGCCAUAUCUCAGGAGACCGGCUAUCACAGACCACAGCGCUCAAGUUGACAUCUUGGUAACCGUUGGCAACCUGGUCAGACAGGUCCCCGACCCCAAGGCCUGCUGGGAACAAUUGGCAACCAUGUUGUCCAGUCUGGAGGGUAGGGAACCCAGAGGGGAACUCUGCAAGGUUUUCGCAGCUGUUGCUGAAAGAGACCCUUCUGUGAGAGAAAUCUCGACCAUCAUCCACGAUCUCAACACCUGGGACAGGAAACGGGUGGAAGAACCCGACUACGACACACGGCUGUCAGCCUUCAAAUCUGUCGAUCAAGCCAUGCAGGACUGGGUUGCCAUAGAUACGACCUUUGCCCUGCCCAUCAUCCACAACUGCUUCCACAUCGUGCUGAGGAUUGAGGACUUCUCACUGCGCAGCAACGCCUCCUACUGUGUGACACAGGUACUGCAGAAGAUGGAGGCCACCAGCUCGACUCAAGAGGAAUACAAGAAGGUCGUGCAGGGGACAAUCCUGCCGCUGGUCAGGAAAGGACUCUGGUCUAGGAAUGAGUCAGUCCACCAGGAGUCAGUCACCCUACUUGCUGCUGUAGUGAGGACCUUCUCCACCAGACAGUACUUCCAGGGUUUGGAGCUGCAGUGCUGUUCCGUGCACCAGGAGUCAGUGUCCCUGCUAGCUGCUGUAGUGAGGACCUUCUCCAGCCGACAGUACUUCCAGGGUCUGGCUCAGCUGACAGAUGAGGAUGUGGAGAAGGAUUUCUACCAGAACAUCACACAUAUACAGCACCACAGGCGGUCCCGAGCGCUGCGCCGGCUGAUCACCGUCUGCAACACUGGCGCCAUCAAUCCCAGCAUCCUCCAGUCCUUCAUCCUGCCAAUCAUCAGCUUCAUCCUCAACGACCUCAAACUCAUCAAGGUUGACUUCCUGCAACACGAGGCUGUCCAAGCCGUUGGUGCCAUGGCGGGCUGCCUCCCCUGGAAAGGAUUCCUAAGCCUCCUCCUUUACUACUUAAACAAGCUGACAGAAAAGCUGGAGGGGCAGAAGACCAACAUCAAGUUGAUAGUAGCUGUUAUGGAUGCGUUCCACUUUGACCUGUCUGUCCUGAGCGCAACAUCUGAAGUUGCUGAAGAUGCAUCUCAAGAAGAUGAAGACGUCUUACAGGAGGUGGAAGGAACCCCUGAAGAAGAAAAAGCAGAGGAAGAGGUAGAGGAGACUGUGGAGGAGGAGGAAGAUGAAGAGGAGGAGGAUGCAGUUGUCAUGGAAACCGGGGAAGAAAAAAAGAAGGCAGAGGCUGAAAUGAUUUUCCAAACCCUGACCAAUGUGGUCCUCCCAAAACUGCACAAGGGGCUCACACAAAAGGUGAAGAGUGAGGAGGCCCAUAAGAAGGCCCGUCUCCAUGCCGACAGUGAGGAGGAGCUGCUGCGGGUUCCCAUCGCCCUGGCAACCGUCAAGCUGCUGCAGAAACUUCCGGGAAAGGUUCUCAGGAACAACCUGCAGGGAGUGUUGCUGAAGGUGUGCAGCCUGCUGAAGAGUCGUUCCGAGGACAUCCGUGAGACGAGUCGGAACACGCUGGUGAAGAUCCUGGAGUCGCUCGGGCCGAGCUUCUUCCCACAGAUCCUACGGGACCUGAGGCACUGCCUCACUAAGGGUUACCAGGUAAAGUUAUCUCUUGGUCCCUUAAACUAG